AUGUCGACUGUCUACAAUAUCGGGCCCACCUGGAAAGGGUUCCAAUCCAUCCGUCGACUUGUGAUCUUUGGCGACUCUUAUAGUUCAGUAGAACGUAUGCUCGGAAACGAUGGCGAACCAUCCGCAUCCCAGCCUCUCGGUGUUCCAUUUCCUGGAUUUACCUACAACGAAGUUGGGCAACCUAACUGGGUCGGGCACCUCAUCACAAAAUAUUGCCCUGAGCCUCGGUACAUCCCAACUGCUGCACAGCAAACUGAGGCCUGGAAUAGAUCUCCACUGCUAGUGUAUGACUACGCUGAAGGGGGCUCAACUGUCCCUCGCGUCUGCCACCAGAUCGAGAAAGGAUUUUUGCAAGAGAGAGCGGCGAAGCCAAGUUGGACGAGUUGGGCACCCCAAGAAACACUGUUCGUGACAUGGGUUGGCAUUAAUGAUCUCGCUUUUACAUUACAGCCUGGGGUUCUCGCUAAGUUGUUUGAAUACCAAGAAAUGCUCUACACUGCAGGUGCAAGGAAUUUCCUGUUCUUCGAUGUGCCGACUAUCCACCUCAGUCCCGCAGUCCCUGUGUCUAGGGAACAGCAAACUCUGGUAAAAUUCGAGGGUUGGAAUGCACAUCUGCAGACCGAAGUCAAGAAAUUCUCGGAGAGCCAUUCAGAUGCCAGCGUCUUCAUCUUCUCGUCUUUCAGGGCUUUCGAAGUGCUCUUUGAGAACCUUGAGAUUUUUGGCUUCAAUGUCCAAGAUGGCAAGCGUCGUGCAGGAAGCGUUUGGAUGGACCAUCUCCACCCCAGAAGCAAAGUCCAUGACCAUAUUGCCCAGAGUGUGGCUACCUUCCUCGCUGAAAUACCAUCUAGUUCCACAUCUUGA